AUGUCCUCUCGAUUCGCCUUGGAUCCCUCUAUGGGCGAGAGACCACAUCAAGAGGACGGUGAGCUCGAUUUUGGCCUCUCGCGUAUACCUAUCCAAUUUCAUCACUCGAAAGCCAUCAACAUUCAGGAAUGUCUUUCAAAGCUUCAUUCGCAAAUUCUAAUUGCGGCAUCUACGCCUAUCGUGAAUGAGACAUCCAAUGGACAGAAGGAGCGUGUCCGCGGGUUUGAACGGGCGGAGAAGGCUAGACGCAGGGUACAUAAAGACAAACGCAGUGAACUGAAGCGGGGCAGAUCCAGCCGCGACUGGGAUUAA